CACACACACACACACACACACACAAAACACACACACUCACACGCUCUCUGACACACGCACGCGCACUCACCCACCCCCGGAGCCAUGAGGGUGGCAGGCCCCCUGCGCAUCGUGGUGCUGAUCCUUACUGCUGGCCUCACCUGGAUCAUGGGCAGCAUUCUCCUAGGGACACACGGCAGCGGCUUCUCUCGGCUACAGCAGCUCUUCAGUAGUCCUGAGAAUGCAGUGACCACAGUAGCAGAAAGGGCCUUCUCCCUGUGGUCUGUCCAGCCCAGCCCUGAGGCCAGCCGCCCCGCCAGGCAUGACAAGCCCCGGGCCAGGAAGUAUAAGUGUGGCCUGCCCCAGCCAUGUCCUGAACAGCACCUGGCCUUCCGUGUGGUCAGUGGGGCCGCCAAUGUCAUCGGACCCAAGAUCUGCCUCGAGGAUAAGAUGCUAAUGAGCAGUGUAAAGGACAAUGUCGGACGUGGGCUGAACAUUGCCCUGGUGAAUGGAGUGAAUGGGGAACUCCUUGAGGCCAGAUCCUUUGACAUGUGGGCCGGAGAUGUCAAUGAUUUGCUGAAGUUCAUCCGGCCGCUCCAUGAAGGGACACUGGUGUUUGUGGCUUCCUAUGAUGACCCAGCCACCAAGAUGAAUGAUGAAACCAGGAAAAUCUUUAGUGAGCUGGGCAGCACAAAUGCUAAGGAACUGGCCUUCCGGGACAGCUGGGUGUUUGUUGGUGCCAAAGGAGUUCAGGACAAGAGCCCCUUUGAGCAGCACGUGAAGAACAGCAAGAACACCAACAAGUAUGAGGGCUGGCCAGAGGCACUGGAGCUCGAAGGCUGCAUCCCUCAACGGACAGUAGGCACCCAGUGACUGUUGUGCCGCCUCUCUCUCCUCCCUCCUUACCUCACAGCAGGCCUGGCCUGGUGAGUUGCCCAGGUGGGCAGUCUGUUCAGGCCCUUCCUGGAUUGAAUGCCCCCUGGAGAAAGCCACCUGAAUGAAGGGAGAGAGGCUGGCACUGAGAUGGGAGUGGAGGCCCACCUGGUACCUGCUCCCCUGAGCCGGCGCAGAGUUCUCAGGCCCCUUCCCCGAGUGCCUUACUCCUUCCAGGAAUCCUUUCUUGCACUUUUUCCGGAUCACUCCAGCUCUCUUGGAAACUGAAUGUAACAGGUAGUGGGAUAGUUAGGCCCCAGUGGGAGGAGACUCUUCCUUUAGUCAGUCACACCCCACCACACACACACCCCAUGUACACAUACACAAUGGUGUAGCCAAGUCGGGCUCCCUAGUGUAUCCAAGCUCUCUCUUCUCCCCAACUCAUCUCCUUCAUGCCUUUGGCUUUUGCUUUGGGUCUGCUGACAGUCUUCUUGCCCACUCUGCCCUGCUUCCCAGAGGUCAUUGCUUCCUUACAGGUAGGACUCUGCUACCUGGUCUAACAGGGUCUGAGAGUAAUGGCAUGACUUUGGGGUGGACAUGAGCUCUGUUCCACUUCCACAUCUCCUGGUCCUAUCACUUCCUCUUAGAUACAGAAUUAAGGAUAUAUGCAAUUCUUCAUAGUUAAUUCAGAAUUACCUUUAAUAAAUUGAAUUCCUAGUUGA